AUUGCGUACAAUUCCAUUAUUGUGUUUAAUGUGUUUAUAACAUAAAUUACUGAAAUCUACAGUGUUUUCAAAAUGUACGAGAGUGGAGUAAAUUCUGAAGAACCUGUUAAUUAUAAUUUAUUAUUUUGUCACGCGUGUCUGAGCUCUAAUAGAACUUUAACUCCGGUUGGAGACUACAUCAAUAUUUAUCUAAAAAUUUGCGAUAAUUCACGAAUGAGCUUGACUUCACAAGUAAAUGUCUGCUGGGAGUGCCUGGCGCUGCUCAGGAAGGUGCAGGCCUUCAGGAGGAAGGUUGAGAAUGCGCAGAAGAUUCUGGACUAUUGUGUCAAACAGCAAACUCCACUAGAAGAUAAUCUCUCCAACCUAACUCUGUCUAGCAUUGAGACAACCACAUUUGACUUCCCCGUCAUAGAUGAAGAGAAUGACUAUGAAAACUAUCUAGAGAACAAUAUAAAAACAACAGAAUACAGUGAUUUGGACAAAAGUUUAAGAACAGAAGACGUAUACACAGACAAGUCUGAUUUAAGGCAUGAAGACUUAUACACAGACAAGUCUGAUUUGAGGCAUGAAGACUUAUACACAGACAAGUCUGAUUUGAGGCAUGAAGAGUCAUACAAUGAAUUAAUGUUUAAAAUAGAGGAUGUGCGAGGGCAGUGUGACAUAUUACAUGUGCCUAUGUUGAAUUUGUCAGCGAGUUCGGACGAGGUGAAAGUUAAAAUAGAACACCUGGAUUCCCCGGAGGGCGAGGAAGAGAGGCAGCAUCGCCGGUGGCAGCGCUCCGCUAUGCUGGUCUAUAAGAGGAUAUGCAGUCACCGCUACGCGCAGCACUUCCAGCGGCCCGUGACGGACGACCUGGCGCCUCUCUACAGCCGCAUCGUACGCCGCCCCACAGACCUCUCCACCAUCAGACGGAGGAUCAAAGAUGGCGUCAUCAGGACGACGGCGGAGUUCACACGCGCGUUGCUGCUGAUGUUUUCCAACGCGCUGAUGUACAAUAGCAGCCACCAUUUCAUCUAUCAAAUGACGCUGGAAUUUCGGGAAGAGACGCUCCGCGAGCUGUCGCUCCUGAUGUCAGCGGAAGAAGAGAUGAGCGCGGAGUGCCCGCUGGCGCGCCCGCCCCCGCGCCGCCCCGCCACACCCGAGCACAUGAAACCUGCGGCGCCGCGCGCCCGCCGGGCCUCCGUGUACGGAGCCGCGGACCCCAGGCCGAUGGAGCCCAGGAAACGCACCAAGUGGGACUGGCCCAGCAUAGACGACGAAUACCUAAUAGCUAAGAAAUACAAAAACAGUGUUGCUGUGCUAUUAUAG